AUGUGUAGUGUUCCACUCGUUUUCAUGAUGGAAAGUGAACGGUUUGACCUCCUGGACUACGUCAAUGAGCAAGUCCUAGCAGAAUGGGUGGAUGCCGACACGUGUGAGACUCGCACUCUCGGGUCCCUCUCGACCAUCAACAAACAAGAUGCCGGACUAUCGUUCAGAGUUGGCCUCGAUGCUUCGUUAGAACAAGCAUUCAUGCGCUUCUCGAUGAACGUGUCAGUGCGGGUAUCCGGACGGCCGCGCCGAAGGCAGCUCCUCCUCGUCCUCCCGCUCCACGUCCUCUCGUACAAAACCUCGGCCCUCGAAUACGACAUCCUCCGGACCUCAGACAUCGGCGAGUCCGCCGCGGCGGUGCAUGACGCCGGCUUCUCCGACUCCGGAUUCGUCCUCCGCGCUCAGUUCAGCCUCCAGGAGCCUGGUUACGUCUUAAUGCCGAAGUCGAACGCCAAAGCACUACGGCCAAGCACUUCGACCGCCGCCAGCCACCUCGCCGCCAUCAAGUCCCUCUCCCAGGCUCUGUCGUUUACGCUCUACAUCAAGCCGAGCGACUACGCGCAGCAGGGCGUGCGCAUGAUUUACGAGUACCUUCGCAACGACACGCUCAAGCAGUAUCCGCUGCACUGGGACGCGCUGUACGGCGACCACGGCGCGCAGGCUGUCGACUGGGCGCAAUGCGAGCUGGGCGGCGGUGGGAAGGGGAAGGGCAAGGCGCCAGAGCUCUGCGGCGAUGCGGCGGCCGAAGAAGAUGACAUCGAGCCUCCACCUCCGUACGUGUCGGAAGUGCGGGACGACGAACAGGACGAAGAAGAAGAAGAAGACGAAGAAGAAGACGCAGCAGCAGCAGCAGCUCCGCCGCGCACGCCCAGUCCACCGCCGUCGUUCCUCGCGUUCCACCAGGCGCCUUCGCCAUUCGCUUUCCCGCCGUCGCCGGCGCUGGUCCCGCCGUUCUUGCUGUCGCCGACGCAGUGCAGCGGCAGCUCGCAGGGGGCGCCGUCGCCGGAGGUGCUCGUCGAGCGCAGCGUCACGCACUACGAUUCAUCCUCUUCGGCGUUCUCCUCGCCGCGCGAGGUCUUGUCGGCUGCCGCGGACCAGCUGUCGCAGCAUGCCGGCUCCGACGUGUUCACUAUCCCUGCCACGCCGGAGUGCUUGCCGGAGAUCCGCGUCCUGCUCGAGGCGCAGGCGGCGGCGCGGGAGAGGGAGAUGGCCUUCCGGGCAGCGGAGCGGGAGCGGGAGCGGGAGGAGCAGCUACUACGUGCGGCAGCAGCAGCAGAGGAGAUCGGCCGCAAGCGCCGCGCCACGUCUUCGCCUGCUGCGUCGCCGCCGAAUGCCAGCGGGAAAGCCGGGCGGCGGCCGGAGACGAAGCGCGUGCAUGCGGCGGCUGAUGAUGAAUAUGAUGAGGACGACGGCGCGCAGGGAGGCGUGGACUUCCUCGCCACGGCGGCCUCGGCCUUGCUGUCUCUACACAACGCCCCGACGCCGCCGCCGCCGUUGUUCCCGCCGACUACGUCUUUCCCGUCUCUCUCGGCGGCGGCGCCCUACGCCGCGCUGCAGUCGAAACUGUUCCCCCAACUCGAUAUCGACACCGCUCUCCUCCCGCUGGCACCACCGGAACCAGCACGAGCACCACCACCGCCCCCGCCCCCCACCAACAACCAAAUCGCCCUCCCCCCUCCCAAACCCUCUUCUUCGUCCUCAUCCUCGUCAUCAUCAUCAACCCCCAACCCCCUCACCUCCACCCUCUCCACCUUCCUCGCCCACGCCCUCGCCCUCAACCCCCGCUUGUACUCGCACCCGCGCCUCUCGCGCCCCCUCCUCGCUGCCGGCGCUGCUGCGCGCAAUCGUGACAGUGCGGCGUUCACGCGGCUGCGGGCGCGCAUCGUGGCGGAGGUGUUGUGGGAUGCGGAUGGGACGGGGGAGGAGAAGACAACAAGGGGGGAAGAAGCGGAGUGGUACGUUGCGGAUAUGGAGGCGUUGGUGGGGUGGAUGUUGGAGGUGGAUGCGGAGGCGGAUGUGCGGGUUUGGGAGGAGCUGGUGGGGAUGGGGAGGGCGGCGAGGGGGGGCGAUGCGGAGGGGUAUAGGUGGAGGAAGGGGUGUGUGCUGGGGAGUGUUUGUGUGGAGUUUGGGGAGGGGAUGUGA